CCAUGCCGCUGCCGGUGCUCUUGCUGCGGGCGGCGGGCGCCUGGAGCCGGCUGCGGCCGCCCUCCGUCGCGGGGCGCAGUUUCAGGUAUGGGGGGCGGCCGGGGCUGGCCGUGCCCCCCCGGCUGCCCGCAGCCCUCCCGGCGCCCCGGCGGCUGCUGCUGGCGGGCUCGGGCACGGGCUGCGUGCUGCUGGGGCUGCUGCGCUCGGCUGCACGCUGCCAGGAGGCCACUGUCCCCAACGGCCCCCCCGCUGCUCCCGAGCCGCCAGAGACCCCCCCGGAGACCCCCUUUGACUGGCCGCUGUUCUGGACCUUCCUGCGCCCGCAGCUCCUGGCACUCUCAGCUGCUGUUGUGCUGGCGCUGGGCGCGGCCCUGCUCAACGUGCGCAUCCCAGUGCUGCUGGGCCAGCUGGUGGACGUGGUGGCCCGAUGUGCCCGCGGCCACGUUGCCACCUACCUGCGGGAGGUGCGGCGCCCGGCCCUGCGCCUGCUCGCCGUCGUCUACUGCCUGCAGGGCCUGCUGACCUUCGGGUACAUCGCGCUGCUGGCCCGCGUCGGCGAGCGGGUGGCCGGCAACAUGCGCAAGGCUCUCUUCAGCGCCCUGCUCAGGCAGGAGGUGGCCUUCUUUGAUGCCACACGCACGGGGCAGCUGGUGACACGGCUGACGGCCGACAUCCAGGAGUUCAAGUCUUCCUUCAAGCUGGCCAUCUCCCAGGGCCUGCGCAGCGGCACGCAGACCGCCGGCUGCUUCGUGUCGCUGUACCUGCUGUCGCCCAGGCUCACGGCGCUGCUGCUCGUGGCGCUGCCGGCCCUGGUGGGCGCCGGCGCCUUCAUCGGCGCCUUCCUGCGCAGCCUGUCCCGCCAGGCACAGGAGCAGGUGGCCAAGGCCACCGUGGUGGCCGACGAGGCGCUGGGCAACGUGCGGACGGUGCGCGCCUUCGCCAUGGAGGAGCAGCAGGCAGGGCUGUUCCGUGCCGAGGUGGACCGUGCCGGACGUCUGAGCGAGCGGCUGGGGCUGGGCAUCGCCGCCUUCCAGGGGCUCUCCAACCUGGCGCUCAACGGCAUCGUCCUGGGAACCAUCUUCGUGGGUGGCUCCCUGAUGGCUGGAGACCAGCUCUCGCCUGGUGACCUCAUGUCCUUCCUGGUGGCCUCGCAGACAGUGCAAAGGUCCUUGGCCAGCAUCUCCAUCCUGAUGGGCCAGGUAGGUGUGGUGAGGGGUCCUGGCACCCCCUGA